AUGGAAAACAAGGAGGGUGUAUUGCUGCAGAGGUACGAGCUGGGGAGAUUACUGGGGCAGGGGAACUUUGCAAAGGUGUACUAUGCGCGCAACAUCAAGACAGCCCAGAGUGUGGCGAUAAAGGUGAUCGACAAGGAGAAGGUGAUGAGAGUUGGGCUGAUGGAUCAGAUCAAGCGGGAGAUCUCAGUGAUGAAGCUGGUGAGCCACCCGAACAUCGUGCAGCUCCACGAGGUCAUGGCCACCAAGUCAAAGAUAUUCGUCGUCAUGGAAUACGUAAAGGGUGGGGAGCUCUUCAACCUGGUGGCCAAGGGCCGGCUCAAGGAGGAGCAGGCGAGGCGGUAUUUUCAGCAACUGGUCGGCGCCAUUGACUUCUGCCACAGCCGGGGAGUCUACCACCGGGACCUCAAGCCAGAGAACCUGCUCCUCGAUGAGAACGGCGACCUGAAGGUCUCUGAUUUUGGCCUGAGCGCCCUCGCAGAGUCAAAGAGACAGGACGGCCUGCUCCACACCACCUGUGGCACGCCGGCAUAUGUGGCCCCUGAGGUGCUGAACAGGAAGGGGUACGACGGCGCCAAGGCUGACAUCUGGUCCUGCGGGGUGAUCCUCUUUGUCAUGCUUGCCGGGUACCUCCCCUUCCACGAAGGCAAUCUGAUGGAGAUGUACAGGAAGAUUGCCAAGGCGGCAUUCAGGUGCCCCGCUUGGUUCUCCUCCGAGGCCCGCAAGCUGCUGGCGAAGAUCCUCGACCCCAACCCCGUCACCAGGAUUUCGACAGAGGGCAUCAUGGAGAGCUCCUGGUUCAGGAAGGGGCGGAGAUCACCCCCCAGGACCAGAGAUCUUCAUGCAGAUAUGGGUGCCAGCGGCUCGGUGAUCGGCGGUGGCGGUGGCGGUGAUGUUGCCGAAGGGAAGGAAGAACCCAUGAAGCCAUCACAGAUGAACGCCUUCGACAUCAUUUCCAUGUCCACUGGGUUCGACCUUUCUGGCCUAUUCGAGGAGCCCGAUCGCCGAAAGGAGUCCCGUUUCACGUCCAUGCAGCCGGCGCCGGUCAUCAUCAAGAGGUUGGAGGAGGUGGCGAGGAAGCUGGGAUUGAAGCCGAAGAAGAAGCAAGGGGGGGUGAUGAAGCUGGAGAGGAACAAGGAGGGCAGGAAGGGCGUGCUGGCCGUCGAUGCCGAGAUCUUCGAGGUGACCCCGUCCUUCCACCUGGUGGAGUUCAAGAAGUCCGCCGGCGACACCCUGGAGUUCCAGAGGAUGUGGAAGCAGGACAUGAGGCCCGCUCUCAAGGACAUCGUCUGGGCCUGGCAAGGGGAGGAGGAGGUGGCGGCGCCGCCGCUGCAGCAGGAGUAG